CAGUUCACAGAGAUCCUGUAAGAAAAAGGAGGCAUGUCGCAUGAGACAGCAUUGCAGCCUUACCCACCUCAAGAAAAGUCAGGAUAUUUGGAGGGUCGAAUGUCCAAUCAAGAUCGCACUCUAAGCACUCUACUGGAACAGGCCUUUAAGAUCAAGGAUGAUAUGGUGUCCGGUUUGCAUGCUGCUCAAAGUUCAGUCCUGAUGGAAUCAUCUGCUAGAAAACUACUGGAAAGCCACAUUCAGACCAUAACUCACAUUGUCAAACAGCUCAGCAAGAACAUCCAGGUUCUGGAAACACAGAUUAUUGAGAGAGACCACCUUACUGCAGGGACGACAUUUGCAGUGAAGAGCUUGGAUCACAAAAAUGUGACUGGUAUUGGGGAUCUCAGAGGCAGAGUGGCAAGGUGUGAUGCUAGUAUUGCUAAACUGUCAGCUGAUGUUGGUGCUGGUGGAUGGGACAUCCUGAAACUUCAAAAAGAAGUGAGUGAGUUGCGUUCUGGGCUGGAACUGAAGCUGAGAGACAUGGAGCUCAAGCUGUUUCGGGAAAUAGGAAAACUAGAUACCUCACUUUCAGAAAUGUUGAUCUCUCAGAGGAAUGUCACUGGACUCUUACAGAAGGAAAUGCAACAACUGGAAGAAAAGACCUCAAGUGGUCUGAAGGAGGUGGAAGAGGAGACAGUGAGACUCAGGAAGUGGGCAGAGGAGCAGUUGAAAUGCACAGUUGAAACACACACACUGAACAGCCAGCAGCUGCACACACUAUUGCACGACACAGUGGUUGAGGUGGAAGGGAAGCUAAAGGAACACAUGGUACUUCUCUCUGGUCAUCUGGAGAACAUGGAGGCACGGUUGGGAAAGGAACGUUCAGCCGACAAAGUCAAGCGAUCUGAGAGCAAAGUCAACAGCAAGAUCAGCACUUUGGAGAAGAACUUUAGAGAAGAGCUAGAGCAGAUGAGAAGGGAGUACCAGUCUGGGUUCCAGGCAGUUCAUGAUGCCAUUGCAUCUUUGAGACACAUUGGUGACACCAAAGCCAAGCUGGAUAAGGUAGAGCUGCAAAGAGAUAUCAGACAGAUCCAGAAAAACGUUUUGGGACUAAAAAAACUCUGAGACAUGAGAGGGCUACAGGAGACCUCCUAUAUGCUGGAAUACCAAGUAUGAUAAGGCAGAAUGUGGACAGAUGGACAAUGCAAUCAAACAAGCUCUACAUUUGUUUACUAGAUUGAAAAAGCAUUUCCUGAAUUUCUUUAAUGCCAAUCUCUGAGAUAAAUCUGUGAGUGAACCAUCACAGAUAAUGCACUUCAG